AUGCAUCCACGGUGGUCGGUGGCGCUGCUCUUCCUCGCGCAGCGCUGCUGCGGUAUUCGGCCUGAGCUUGUCGCGGGGCUCGGAUCGGCAGAGCCUUCCGACAUCCAGGAUUCCCAUCAAGCUGCGUCCUCGCUCAUCCUCCUGACUGAUCAGGCAGUUGAGACCUCGAAGCCGCAGUCAGGGCCAAAACUACAACCUACCGGAGUUCAGGCGCAAGUGGCCCUGGCGGUGCCGAAGGCCCCAAACGACGAGCUGCUCAAGGCCACCCUAGCGAGGACCCAAGGAAGUGCAUCAUGGUGCACCAGGGAUGUCUUGCUGGGUGCGCUGGGCGGGCUGGGAAUCCACGAAGCCGGGCCUCCUUGCAGCUGGCAAGGCAUCGCCUGCUCCUUCAGAGGCUGCGUGACCAAGAUCGAGCGGCGAGCCGCGGUAGGGAACAUCGAGUGGCUGCGAAAUCUCACCACCCUCAGAGACCUGAUUCUCCCCUUCACGCAAGUCUUUGGCGACCUGAGGGCCCUGUCCCCGCUGACCCGGCUUCGAGAUCUGCACCUCCGCAGCACGCAGGUCACUGGUGACCUCAAGGCCUUGUCCCCACUCAUCUCGCUGAAAGCUCUGCAUCUCGAUGGCACGCAGGUCUCGGGCGACAUCGCGGCCCUCUCACCGCUCACCAUGCUCCAUACACUGUACCUCCGUGGCACACAGGUCUCCGGAGACAUCCAGGCCUUGUCCCCAUGCACCUUGCUCAAGAAGUUGUCUAUCCCUGAGUCGCAGAUUUCCGGCGACCUGAAGGCCCUGGCCCCGUGUACCAGGCUCCGGUUCCUGUCCCUCCGAAACACGACGGUCUCUGGCGACCUCAAGGCCGUGGCCCCACUCACAUCACUGAAGAAGCUACAUCUCCUUGACACACGGGUCUCUGGCGACCUGGAGACCCUGUCCCCCCUCGCCAUGCUCGAGUCGCUGUCCCUCUCGCACACGCAGGUCACUGGCGACCUCCAGGCCCUGUCCCCACUCAAAGCACUUCGGCGCCUCCUCUUGCGACGCAGCCAAGUCCAUGGCAACCUCGGCAGCUUGCGAUAUCAGACGAAGUUGACAAAGUUGGACCUCGGCAGCCUCAGCGACGUGGAGGGCGACCUGGGCAUCCUUCGAAACCUCAGUCAUCUGGAGCAGGUUUACCUUGCUGACACCGGCAUCAGUGGGAUCUUCUCGCUUCAGUGGCGGGGCUGCUGCAAGAAGCUGCGAAGGAUGGAGCUGGCCGGGAGCCGUGUGGGUGGCCUCCUGGACCCCGUGGACGACCUGCACUUUUCCACGCAGGACCGGAUGCUGCCCAGCCUUCAGACUUUAGACGUGAGGCGUUGUCCACUCAACGGCUCUGUGGCGCAGCUGCUGCUGCCGCUGGCAGCGACUCCGAUCGCUAGCCUGGCAGCCUCCGGAUGCGGUCUCCAUGGUGAGGUUCCCGCGCUGGACAUGAUGCAGGUGCAAAUUGACAAAACCAUCUUUACGUCGUGGUCCAGCAUGCUGAAAGAGACGUUGCAUGCCCUUGACAUCUCAAGCAACGCCGUGACCUCCCUCUACUCGCUUCCUUCAACUUUGCAAUUGGACCUGCGCCACAACACCGUCCCUCUCACCAUCGGCAGUCAGACCCUGGCCGAAGCAGCCCAUUUGAGGCUCGACCUAAAUCUUGAGGGUACACAGCUGGCAAAUCGGGAGGAAGUCCGAACCUUGCUUGGGACGGAGCUGGAGUUGAGCAAGUCGAGGUCUUAUGCCAAUGAAACUGGUGGCUACAUUUGUGCUGGCUUCACCCUCGCCUCUCUCCAUGUCACGCCGGAUCUGUUCCUGCCUGAUGACAUGUGCGUCUGCCUUCAGGGCUACCAGGGAACGGGCACCAUGUGCAAAACGUGUCCGGCCAGCACUUUUGCUGCCGAAGAGGGGCAGACACGAUGCGAGCCAUGCCCGGCAAACAGCAGUGCGCCCCAGGGGUCCUCCUCCCUGGAGGCCUGCGCAUGCGAGUUCGGCCGGCCACGGGGGCCUGAAGGCAACCGAAGCUGUCAAUGUGACGCGCACAGCGCGCUGCUCGACGGCCACUGCGUUGCCUGCAGCAAGCUCCACCUCCAGUGCCUCCAAAACGGCACCGUGGCCGAGGCAGCACUCCCUGAGCGGGGCUACGCUCGCCUGCCGGCUGCUGGGGUCUUCCGCUGCCUGGACCCACUGCGCUGCCCUGGGCAGCUCCCCUGCGCCACGGGCUAUGGUGGCCCCCUCUGCGCAACCUGUGCGCCAGGCCACCGCUCUGCGAGCAACCUGUGCGCAGCGUGCGCGGACGUGGAGGACGUGGAGUGGAUGGAGGUCCUCAAAGCCGUGUCCCUGGCGACUCUGCUGCUUUGCCUGGGCGUGGCUGCCGCAUACCUUCUCAGGUCCUGUAUACCACCCUUUGGUCCUGGCGUCCGGUGUGCGUGCGGGCUCCUGGCAUCACAAGGACUCGUGCUGCUACAGCUGGCACAGCUGUGGGCUGUCGUGGCGCGCCUGGCAAAGUUGGCUCAAGAAGCGGCGCAGGAAGCUGCCCAAGAAGACCUGGCAGCCAGCGUCAAGACCGCCACAGAUGUUCAGAGUGAUCCCAUGCUGACUUACAUCGAGAUCUUGCAGCUCAGGGGGAUGGAGCUUGCGAGUUUCGUGGACCUGCAGUGCCGUUUCGAUGGUACGAACGUCAGGUCACUCGCAGCACUCGCGACGCCGCUGCUCCCGGUGGUGGUUCUGGCGAGCUGCGCAUGCCUGGAGCUGUGCUCAUGCGGCACAGGAGUCAGCAUGGCCCUGAAAGCUCUGGCCGUGCUCUUCGUGGGCGGAGCCUCGGGGGCUGCGCAGCUUCUUGGGUGCCAGGGCCAUGACGGUGAAGGACGAACCAUUCCGAAGGAGGCUGCUUUUCGGCCCCUGUUCCCACACCUGCUGUGCGCCGACAGCACCGGAUUUGCAGGUUGGGUUGAUAACAUCGGCUUCGGCAGUGGUGCCAUCUACGCCGUCGCCGUCCCACUUUUUCUGGCUUUCCUGUUUCUCAAGCAGAAGGUCACGCUUCAGCAGAGCAAGACCUACCUUGCAAGCGCGGGCCGUGGGAAGACGAAGAACGAAGUGCGGUUGACCAUUUCCCUUUGCAAUACCUCCACGCCUUUGGAGGACAACAUCCUUCAGAAGCGCCUGCUUGCAGCCGCGGCAGCAUACUUGGCGGCGAGCGUUCGGGGGCGUGCCUUCGUCGAGUUGGGCAAGGACUCAGUGUCCGUGAUCCGGACGCAAAAGGACGACAGUGGUGUCUACGACCUGUCAGCAGAAAGCUUCAUCAUGGAAACCAACAAGAUGGAAGUUGAAACCCUGCGCCGCAAUUCGAUGAUGCAGAUGCUGACAGAAAGGAGCAUCCUCGAGGAGGUGCAGUCUGACAGAAUGAUGAUUGGGGCAAAGCAGCUGCUCAGCAAAUACGCCUGCUGCAACAACGUGUGGAUGGAGGUGGCACUGAAAUUGGCCUCUGCGGUCUUGGUCUCCGUGGUCGCCACGCAAGACGGCAUGUGGCUCUCGGUGGCCGUGACCCUUGGCAUGGCGCUGAUAAUUGGCGUGGCGCAGCCCUUCGCGCAGCCCCAGGCGAACACCCUCCAGAGUUUCUGCUUCUUGUGUCUGGGCGUGGCCGCGGUGGCCUUCGCGCACCACGACCGUUGGAUCCCGCGCCUGGCCCUCGCGGCGCCAGUGGUGCUGGUGGCUUUUCAGCUUCGGCGGCCAGACUCUGCCGAGGCACUGGCGCUGCGCCUCCAACAGGAACUGGAGGAGCAGCUCCCGUCCCUGCGCCGCGGUGAGUGCCUCCAAGUGCAAGCAGAAGAGCUGCGGCUCUUUUGA